AGGCGGUACACGGUGGUAUAGGCCGUUUUACUGAGCGUGGGGCCGUUUGACGGUCCGAUCUCGACCGGUGGCCGUGUGCCGCUAGUAGUGUCUCGUUGAUCGCGAACCUAGCGCGACACGCGCCCAAAUUUACCCGGAGACUGUCUUAAUCACAGACUGUGCCGGGUUUAUAACUUUCCAUUCCAUUUUAAGUUUAAUAAUUUUAUAAAAUAAAAUAAAAUAAAAUAAACAAAAAAUCCGUGAAAAUAUGAACGCGUUAAUUCGCGGAUAAUUUAUAAAAAUGAUUUGCAAUAAACACUUGUGAGUGAAGUGAUUGAUUUGACAAUUAUAAACAGACAGUGAAUGUUGGGUGGAUUUAAUUUAGAUUUAAUUUUUUUUUACCAUUAAUUAUUAAUAAUUGAUUGUUAAUCAACAAACUGUGCAAUGGAGUACCAACAAUUAGUGUCACCUUCGGUAACUGUAGUGCAGCAUGGACCCCACCACCCUCAGCCGCCCACACAACCCCAAUCCCAACAACAGCCCCAUCAUCAGCCGCAAAACCAAUCACAAGUUGUUCCACCCUCGCACCCUCACAUUGUCCUUGCACCUGCGCAUCAACCCCAGCCACAACCGCCUCCAAAUCUGCCUCCACCUACCACUCACGCUCACCAAUUGCAUCCACCCUUACCGCCUAUACACGACGACAGUACCAGCUCAAGGUGGACACAGUACCAGCACAUAUGGCGACAACAUCAUGUUUAUAUCAAUGGUAAACAAAAUAAAGAUGGACCAGAGGAAAAAAAAGACGCGGACGGUGAAUUGUGGGGCAAUGUGGAAGCACAAGCCGCCUUCCUCGGUCCCAAUUUAUGGGAUAAAACCCUGCCUUAUGAUGCCGACCUGAAGGUAUUAAAUCAUUACGUGGAUCUGGAUGAGUUUUUAUCAGAGAAUGGAAUACCUGUCGACGGAGUGGGCGGUGGAGUACAAGGCAGCAUGCAGCCAGGUCAAUUACACAAACUGAAUAACCCAAAUGAAGCUGGGAGCCACCAAGGACCUGCUGGAUUACAUCUUGAACCGGUUACCAAGCGCGAAAGAUCACCCUCUCCGAGCGAUUGUUGUUCACCUGACACACUAAAUCCACCAUCACCUGCCGACUCGACGCUGUCGAUGGCUUCAUCGGGCCGAGACUUUGACCCGAGAACCCGGGCAUUCUCCGAUGAGGAACUCAAACCACAGCCGAUGAUUAAGAAAUCUCGGAAACAGGUGUUGCAGUUUGUGCCGGAUGACCUGAAGGAUGACAAAUAUUGGGCUCGUCGUAGGAAGAAUAAUAUGGCUGCUAAAAGAUCGCGUGAUGCGCGUCGAAUGAAGGAAAAUCAAAUUGCUUUAAGAGCUGGUUUUCUUGAAAAAGAGAAUAUGGGACUGCGACAAGAACUCGAUCGAUUAAAGAACGAAAACAUGUUAUUACGUGAUAAACUAAGUAAAUAUACGGAUGUCUAACAAACGGCCAAGUCCAAAAUUUCAUCGUCUUGACAAGAUUAAAAAAAAAAAAUUAUAAAUAAAUAAUAAAUAGACUCUAGGCGUACUCGGAGGAAUCCACCCGCUUAAGAAGAGUAUCUAAAACAUUAUCAAGAAGAUGAAGCAGCUGAAGUGUUUUUGACAAUUUUUCCCUGCCUCGAGAUCUCUGUUAAAGAUUCUUCGUUACCAAGAUACCCCAGAAAAAUUUUAUAUUAAAUCCAGCUUCCCAAUCAUCCCGAAGAUGACGAGAAGAAAUAUAUCAUCAUCAAAAGUUUACAAUAAAAAUAAAUGAAAAAAAAAAAAAUUGUCAAGAGAACCUUAAGUUUCUUCACCAUCGUCGCCUCACUUGUACAUAGUUAUAUAUGUAUAGUUAGAUUAUAUACGUCAUUCGAUGUCAUAUUUGCAGCUACGAACAAUAUUAAAAAGUAAAACUUUAAAAUUAUUAUAAAUGCAAUGAAAGAGAGAGUGAGCUACGAGACAGGGAGAAAUGAGUGCGUGUGUGUAUGUGCCGUUAACUUUUUUUGGAUCUUUAAUUGAUUUAAAAACAUUAAAAGAAAAAAUUCAACUUUAAUUUCUUCUUAAUAGAUCAAUUGAUUAAUUAAUCAUCCAACUAAUUAGACUAUUAAUUAAUUGAUUAAUUUAGCAGCUUUGUUAUUUUUUAGAUAAAGUUAUUUAAAAUUUCGGACACAUUGUUACCAUAAUAAUAAUAUUAAUAACAACAAAUAAACAUUUGUAUAUGAGAAUGUAAUUUACACGUGCAGAUACGUCGUAAAAAUAAUAAUAUAAGUAUGUAGAUUUAAUGAAUUUAAAACUGCACGAAUGCAAAGGUUGUCUCAAAAAUUAUAUUUAAUUAAAUUAAUGAGAAUUGUAUUUGUACGGUAAUUGGAAUUUUUUACGUCCAAAUUUGCAGUUUUUUAAAAAAGAUAUUUAAUUAAAGCUCUUAAUUAAUUAUUGUUGAGACAAUUGCUAAAUAGCAACAAAGUGAUUAAAGAAUAAUAAUAAUAAAUCAUAAUUAAUUAUAGAUUGAAAAGGUAAGAGUACAUUUACUCUACAAUAAUUAACCUUUUCUUUUUAAGUUUCUAGAUAUUUAUUUUGUUUAUAAAUAUAUAUGAGAAUAUAUACACACGAAAAAUUAUUAAAGAUAUUAAAAAAAAAAAAAAAAAAAAAAAAAGAGUAAAGACGACAGAAUUAUUGAGAGAAUAUUAUUAAAUUUAUUAUUAUUAUUAUAUUAAAAAUUCUGCACGUAUGAUUAAAUGUUCAUUGACUAAAAUUUAUUGAUAAUUAUAGACGCCUUAUUUUUUAAUAUUAUUAUAAUUAUAAUUAUUAUUAUGUUAUUUUUAUUUUGAAUACUUUAGUAUCAUGAGUUACCGAUACAAUUUAUAGUUGUUCGUGUAUAAAUUUUUUGAUUAUUUAAAUUUUUAUUUUUAAAGAUAAAAAGAUAAAAAGAUAAAAAAAUUGUUGACUUAUUAAUUAUUUUAUGUUAUAUAUUUAAAAAACUAAUUGUACUAAUUGGCCUAAUAUAAUAUAAAUCAGAUUAUUAUGUAUGAUAGUUCCAUCAUAUUCGAUAUAAAAAAUUUUUAAGUAUGACGAAAAAAAAAAAAAUUCUUUUUAAUUAUUGACGAUGACAUUUUUGUCCGGAAUUAGAAAAAUAAAAUUAAUGUUUGAUUAUUUUUGACAAAAGCUUGUAGUGUAACAAUAAAUAUUAUUUACUGCGAUCGUCCAUAAAUCAUCGAAUUUUUAGAUAAAUUUAUUUAGAGUAAAUAAAGUAAAGAUUGCAGUUAUCAGCCGCUUUUGUCGCAAAGUAACCCAGUAAUUAUUUUAAAAGAAAUAAUUAUUAAAAAAAAAUUGUAAAAUUAAUAAAUACUUGUUGCUAAGGUAUAAUUGAUCUGCAAUGUGAUAAAAGGAAUUAUGGAUAACUAUAACUAAAACGUAAAUAAUAAAAAUAAAUUACUAUAAAUAAAAUUUUAAAAAAGUUAACUAAAAUAAAAACGUAAUGCGUUUAAACAAAAUGAGUGAAAAUGUUCAACACGAAAAAUACAAAAAUCUAUUGAUUGUAUCACCUUCCUAAAGAAUAUAUGUAUUUGUUAUUGUUUUAA